UUUCUGAUUAGUGAUUAGGAUUACCAAAAAAAAACAAAAAUCCAAUUAAUAAAAGGAAUCAACUUUAAAAAUUAUUAAAAAUUAACCCAAAAUGAUAGAAAUCAAAGCAAAAUUAAUACGAGCUGAUUCUGCAAUAUACGCUGCAGGUGAAAAAGUUGAAUGUCUAAUAGAAUUCACCAAUCGUAAUGAAGAAAACACCAAAGAAACAUUCAAUGAUCAUUUAGAAAAUCUAGCAUGGGCUUCCGUACAAAUUCAUUGCUAUCGCAAAACUACAUUUUGUGCAAAUUCCGUAACUGAUCUAACUGAAAUGAUUGGAAAAACAGCUCUAGAUGCAGUCACACAAACUCCGGGCGAAAUUAUUGUUGCCACAAAACCAAAGAUUUUGUUUUGUGAUUUAAAGCUACGACCUGCAGAAACUAAGAUAUAUUUUUUCAACGAUUUUGUACCGCGAGAAGGACCACCAACUUAUCGUGGUCAUGACAUUAAAUAUUUCUACAAAAUCACAAUCGCCACACAGAGAGUCAAAUCGAAAGUCCAAACUCUUACCGUACCUAUACGGGUACUACCCAUACCAGUCAUUCCAAGACCUGAAGAGCUCGGUACCGAGACGAAUGAAGAACUAACUCCCACAAAUCCAUUUUUAGAAAAAAGAGAAAUUACAGAAUUAGAAGUUUCCUGGCAUCAUCUGAAGAAUGUAACAGCUCGAAGAUCUCCAAAGUUCUAUCGAAUAACUAACAAACGAGGCUAUGUUGGACGCUUCUGUUUGUUUAAAACCGCUUAUAAACUUGGAGAAGAUAUUGUAGGAAGUUUAGAUUUUGCCAAUUUUGAGGUUCGUUGUGUGCAAUUUUCCGUAAAAUUGCAAUCCGAAGAGGUACUUUUGAGAAAAACGAUUCCAGCUAAAGAUGAAAGCGAUACAUCUUCGGUAAAUUCAUCAUCGGAUUUGAGUAGCAUUGCAGCAAUGGAAGGAUUAAAAUCAACGACAAGUGAAGACGUAUCUGGAAAGUUUACAACAUAUGCGACUAGUCAUCAGGUUUGCUAUUCAAUGUUGCAAACACAAAUUAUUAUUCCCAUUCCAUUGCAUGCGGCACCAUCAUUUCGGACUGACUUGGUUGAUGUAAGAUGGCGGCUGCAUUUUGAAUUUGUAAGUAGUACAAUGAUGGACAUUGGUAAGCCGAAUGCUGAAAGCGGAGAAUUGACGGCACCACAAGAGAUUCCUGUAGAAACAAUGAUUUGGAAUUUACCAGUGGCAAUUUAUUCUGCAAAUCCCCUACAGAUUUAUUCACCAAGUCCAGCUUAUAAUUUGUUGAUUCGAUAAAACGAGAAAGGUUUUUGUUAAUAAAGAAAAUAGAUUGUUAUUUUAAA